AUGUCUGAAUUGUGUCCAGUUUAUGCGCCAUUCUUCGGUGCCAUUGGUUGUGCAGCUGCCAUCAUUUUCACUUCUUUGGGUGCUGCUUACGGUACCGCAAAGUCUGGUGUUGGUGUAUGUGUAACCUGUGUUCUAAGACCAGAUCUUUUGAUUAAGAGUAUUGUUCCAAUUGUUAUGGCCGGUAUUAUUGCCAUUUACGGUCUAGUUGUUUCCGUGUUGAUCAGUUCGUCUCUGACCCAAAAACAAGCUCUAUACACCGGUUUCGUCCAAUUGGGUGCAGGUCUUUCAGUUGGUUUGAGUGGUCUAGCUGCUGGUUUCGCCAUUGGUAUUGUUGGUGAUGCCGGUGUCAGAGGUACUGCUCAACAACCAAGAUUAUUUGUAGGUAUGAUUUUGAUUUUAAUUUUCUCAGAAGUUUUAGGUUUGUACGGUUUGAUUGUCGCUCUAUUGAUGAAUUCCAGAGCUACUCAAGACGUUAUCUGUUAA